AUGCUACCGACUCACUCCCAAUAUGCUUCUGAACUGCACCUCUCCCCAUGCCAUUUCCUCCCUCUCUGCUCCCCUCCGUUCUCCCCCCCCACCUUCCCACCCCUCCUCCCUCUCAUGUCCCACCCCCUCCCCUCACCUCACCUCCCUCCCUGCAGCCACCCUGAGCGGGUUGCUGCUGCACUCUCCUCCUCCAUCUUCUCCCCGUCAGCCCUUUCCUCCGACCUUCAACUCCAAUCAGGGCCUGCCACGAGUCCGCUGCAUCUGCUGUGCUUCCAGAUCGAGCAACCACUGGGAAGCUUCCCGUUCACCCUCGCAGCUCUCGACCUGGCGGCAGCGCUGGUGCAGCAGGGAGUGACAGGAGGGCCGUUGCCGGACCUGCUGGGGUUUGCGGUGAUGGAUGUGAUGCCGAAUUAUGGGGCGUGGCGCAUGGAGGAUGGCAGGGAGCGAUGGCUCAUGGCUGGCAAGGCUGAUGCUGAUGCUGAUGCUGAUUCUGAUGCUGAUUCUGAUGCUGAUUCUGAUGCUGAUUCUGAUGCUGAUGCUGAUGCUGAUGCUGAUUCUGAUGCUGAUUCUGAUUCUGAUGCUGAUGCUGAUGCUGAUGCUGAUUCUGAUGCGGAUGCUGAUGCUCCACUCUCCCCCUUGGAGUCGCUUCUACUCUCCUCCUCCGCUCGCCUCCCCUCGCAUCUCAUCAUGCCGCUCGCCCCGUCAGCACCAUCUCUAGAGUCCGCAGGAGCUGCAGCAGACACUGCUGUAGUCAGAGCAGCCGCAGGAGGCGGUGGAGAGGGAGCAGGAGCGAUGGUGGUGGGGCUUGAUUCGGUUCCCCUCGUGACCGCGCUUGCUGCACUCACUAGCCUUGGACAGUCCCAGGCUCUGCGUCGUGCCUCGCUCACCUUCCUACACAUGCUCUGCACCAUCACCAAUCGCAUCAGACCGCACCUCCUCGUUCUCUCCUCCUUCUUCUCCCAACCUGCCGCCAAACCCAUUCUCCACAGCCUUCAGAUCUCUGCGGAUCGCAUCCUGGCCGUUGAAUCAGCCCGCAUCAGUGCAUCAGCACCGUCAAAAUCAGCGCCUUCAUCCUCCUCCUCUCCCUCAUCUGGCCUCUUCGUUCCCCUGCUUCAACUGCUCACUCACGCCGCACACUCACAACCUGACCAUCCCAUGCAGCUCUGUCUGCUCCUGCGCCUCCUCUGCUCCAUCUGGCGCUCCUCCUCCCCUCCCCUCCUCCCUCUCCUCCUCCACCUCCGCUCCAACCCCUCCCUCUGGUCCUCCCUCUCCUCCAUCCUCCACUCUCCCCCAUCCCUCCCCUCAUCCUCCUCCGCACUCUCCUCCGCCCCCUCGCUCUCCUCACUCUCUCUUCCCAUCGACACCUCCUCGUCGUCCGCUGACGUGGAAUACGCCCCUGCUGAGCUGGCGCGAGCUGGAUGGCACUGGCGCUGUCACGCCGCCGCCCUGCGCCUCGUCUCUCUUGACCUCUCAACCCACCCCCCUCAUCCCCACCUCCCGCGUCUCCCCGCCUUCCUUCUAUCCUGCCAGCUGGCAUGCAAGCUGCUGGCGGCUGUGCUGAUGUGGCGGGUGUCUGUUGGUGACGUGGAGGGGAUGAGCCUGCGACUGCUGGAGCAGAUUCACUCUGUCUCCUUCCAAGUAAUCUCCUUAUUUUCCCCAUGA